AGCCCAGUCGGAGGUCGUUGUUUGCGGAGGAGGGGUUGAGGUAGCUUAUCCAAAAAUCCAGUGAAUUUGCCAUGAUCGACAGCGCCACCCACCACGGCCACAUGGGUCAUGGGGUCUCCCUGCACAAUGACGCUGCGCGCUGAAUGAUCAAUCACACCAACAUCCAACAAGAAGCUGAAGAUGGGCAGUCAAUCUUGUCUCUCCCGAGGAGAGCAUGUCGAAGAAAGCCUUUCGACUCGCAUGUUGUGCGACGAGCCUUGUGUCACUUUGCAGUAGUGUGUUUGCUUUUCUGCCGCAUGCGGCGCGAAAGCCAAAACCACAGCACAGCAUCGCUGCCACGGCCCGCCUACUGCGGAGGAACUCGAUGGCUGCUGAUGGUUUUCGAAUCACAAACAUAGGCCGGGCUGUCGAACCAUUAUUGAAUUUGAGCUUUCCUGCAAUAAUUAUCUAAUACUCCUUAUAGGAAGCAUUUGGCUGCAGCUCUGGAGCGCGUGCCUUUUACGGAAAUCUGGUUUGUUCGAGUUGACGUGGGAUGAGAAGCGUGAUCAUCGGACCAGAAUGGUCGCGUUAGUAUACUAGCUCCUUGAGUGUGCCCUCUUUCCUUCGUCCCAUUCAAUUGAACCGGGUCUUGCUUAAAAUCUCAGCCAUCUUCGUCAUGCUGGGGUUGAUCAUCUCGGCUCAUAACGCCAAGCCUCUCAAAGAUCCCUCCCAGGGAUCCGCGUCGGGAUUCGGGCUGCUCCUGGCGGGAAUCAGCGCGACCCCGUGGACUGGAACAUUGAGUCUUGACUUUCAUAAGUUCACAUGUUGGAAAUAAAUCUGGAACCCCGACAUAGGUCUACAUCAUGUAUAUUUCAGAGUUCUUAGACAGGAUUUGACACUAUAUGACGACCUGUGAAGAUCUCAGCGCAGUGAGGGGCUGGCUGUGGCUUAUCUCCGCCCGAGCCCAAGGUCUCACAAGAAUGACUCCGGAGUGAUACAAUCUCCCAGAAAGCUGGGCUGCUUGGAUGUUGGAACAAUCUUCAAGAGAUUAUGAGGCUUGGUACUCCGUAGACCUGUCAUCUAUCAGGAACAACAAGACACUUCCAAUAAUCGUGUCCUGAGGCCGCAAGGCUGCUCCACCACGUGCGUGCUCUGAGGGCUUCGAUUCCUCCAUCAAACACCACGACCAGGAUCAAUCCCAGCCUCCCAAGAGCUUCUACACGAGUUCCAGGCUUCCAUUUGCUUUCUUUUUGCGCACUAAGCGACGCGUUGACGCCGUCCCUGUGACUGCCCACUUUCAACGUGCCUGAAAUUCGGAGCUGGAUUUGCUCCUGAAGAUGCCCCGCCAAGGUGCCAAUCAGAUGGGUUGUGGUGCAACCAGAGGAGGAGGAUUGUGGCCGAGUCAGUCGGCGACAUGGCGAGCGAACGGUUGACAGUGGGAGCCGUACCUGUCAUUUACUUAUAUCGCACCCGGGCCCCAGUCCCUGAUCUUGAUUAUGAUCCCACUCGUUUGUCUAUAUUGAUGAGUAUGGGGAAUUCAAUGCUAUGGCACAAUUCUAUGAUGCAGUCAAAUACAAUUGGCGCGUAUUCACCCCUGCGGAAAGGCGCAACAUAGCCGUCUACAUCCUGGGGAUCAUGAUGUACAAGUUCGGCCUGGAAGCCUUCAACGGUUCCAUUGUGACACUUGCAACAAACCGCUACGACUACGAUGCCUGGCGCACCAACACCCAACCCAAAACCUUUCAGCGGGUUGGACUCAUGGUGGGCCUAAACCAGGCCUGCCAGUGUGUCGGAUCCAUCCUGAUCGCCCCGCUAAUCCGGAGAUUCCCCUCCCGGCUUGUUUUGGCUGGUGCCGUCCUGGUGUUUGGCCUACUCAGUGCCCUGCUGCUUAUCAUCGAUGCUAGCACAGGGGGCACAUUUGCCCCGUCCAGCUUCCGCGACCGGCACCCUGAACACGACUUUCAUUACUACGGUAACUACAAUACCGAUGGCAUCAUCCCGGUCUACUGUGUCUCUGGAGUUGCGUACGGGAUGGUCGAGUUGAUUCGCCGCGUCAUUCCUCGAGACUUGGUCGGCGGCAAUGUGCAGAAGCUGCGCCAGGUGGAUGCUCUUGUGCAUAUAUUCUACGAAGUGGCUGGGACAAGUGGUGCUUUUUGCACUGCUCUAGCUUUGAUACCCUACUUUGGAAACAAUUAUUCUUUCCUGAUUACCCCGGUUUGCUUUGCCCUCGCGGCAGUUGGCUGGUUUUUCCUCACCGACCAUGGAUUCCAGAGUCAACGAACCCAGGUUCUCGAAGACCAACCCCACUACAUCCAGGCCGUUGUCGUCGGAUUUUGGCUCUUUCUCGAGUCCAUCUGGACCGGUGCUCGACUCCUCUUCUCCUCUCGCAGGUUUGUCUGGCUGCUGCCCGGAUACUCGAUCGCACUGUACGCCCAUCGAUACCUCGAGAACAGCAUCGCCCCUGCUAUCGCCCGUCGCUAUCUCGGCAACGCCGCCUGGUCCCAAAUCAUUGUCGGAGGCUCGAACUUGGGAGAACUAUUCGGCGCUCUUUUUGUCAUUCUCUUCACCAACACGGUCUCUACGCCGAUUCCGUGGCUACGACUCGACGCUAUCCUUCUCCUUAUAACCUGGUACCUGCCGUACUGGCGACCGGAACAACACCAGGUCUCGAUGGCCUGGGUUGCCGCCGCAACCUUUCUACCUAUCUCCUUCGGCUGGGCAGCCGGUGACGUCUCUUUGGCAGCAUACAUCCAAGCCUCCCUUGCCCGAGUCGAGUCGAAGACUCGAAACGUCUCUUCUCUUGGUGCCGUCAUGGCCUUUCUCUACUCGACCUACAUCGUUCUUUAUGCAAUUACCUCUCCUAUCCUCGGAAGCUACAUCGAUCACGUCUACGCGGACACGGGCGGAUCAGAAGGCAACGGAAAUAUUUUUGAGGCAAUCCGGAACGUGGGCAGUGUUCAGUUCACUGUGGUUGCGGUACUGGUGCUAGUGGCCACCUUCGUGCCGAGAGGAUCCGUGUCUCUGAACCCGAAGAUGCUCCAUGAUGAGGACCUGGAACACGAGUUGCCAGGUCUUGCACAGCUCUCUUCCAAGGAGGACUUGAACUGAGCACCGGCCGGAACUGCCACGACUAUAGAUACGAUUUAGACUAUGAUGUUCAUCAGCUAAUGUUUCUUUCUUAAUACAUAAAUCUAACCAUGACCCUCGCUCAACCCUGUUCAGCACUUUUCACAAAUAAUCCAAAAUUACAGAAUUCCAUCCUGGAUACAUAACAAAAUGAGUGGCAGCAUCUAUCGAGAUGGCUCCCCCUCCAACUCCGAGGGCCCUUCCUUCUUAGGCAUGUAUGGAUGAGGCUGAAUACUCUGAUCCCAGAUCCAAUACGGCUGCUGCUGUUGCCCUUGCUGACCUGCAUGAUGCAGCCCCUGGAGCUGACCUGGACCUAAACUCGGGCGCUGACUGAGAACCUGCGAGGAGUGACCUGUCCCAAAUCCCUGGCCAUAUCCGCUCUCAUGCGCUGAGAAGAUCGCACUCCGCGGCAAGCUCGGUGGAUAAUCAAGGGAGGCAACGCCCGUCCCUGUCCCUGUCCCGAUCGUGC